AUGGAUGCUUUCCGCGUCCGCCUCAACUGCAUCGACCACUACCAGGCGGUCCCGACCAGGUUCGAUCCCAGACUGCGCAAGGGUGUCCACCCGUCCCAGCUCUCCAGAGAACCUCGAGUUCCGGUCAUCCGUGUCUUCGGAUCCACCGAGACCGGCCAGAAGGUGUGCGCCCAUAUCCACGGCGCAUUCCCGUAUCUCUUUGUCGAAUACAGCGGAAGCCUAGACCCAGAAGCCGUGGGCGCGUAUAGCUACCGUCUUCAUCUGUCGAUUGAUCAUGCUCUUGCUGUUAGCUAUCGGCGGGAUACCAAUGGCCGGGAUGCGCCCAAGUAUGUGGCCAGAAUCACGCUGGUCAAGGGCGUCCCGUUCUACGGGUUCCACGUUGGCUAUCGGUUCUUCCUCAAGAUCUACAUGCUCAACCCCAUCGUCAUGACUCGGCUGGCCGACCUCCUCCAGCAGGGUAUGAUCAUGAGCCGCAAGUUUCAGCCGUAUGAGGCCCAUCUGCAAUAUCUGCUCCAGUUCAUGACCGACUACAACUUGUACGGCUGCGAUUACAUCAACACGAGCAAGGUCUCGUUCCGAGCGCCUGUGCCACGACACGAGGACGAUGAAGACUUUCCUCACCUGUGGCAUAGCCAGAGCAUCAAGCGAGGCCAAAUCACCGACGAUCUCAGCCUGCCGCGGGCCAGCCACUGCUCGAUAGAGGUGGACAUAUGCGUGCAAGACAUCACCAACAGGAAAUCUAUCAAGGAACGGCGUUUACAUCAUGACUUCAUCGAGCGGAUCUCGCCGCUUCCGUCUGAUGUCAAGCUCGUCCACAGCAUGGCUGGUCUCUGGAGGGACGAGACGAGGCGUCGCAAGAGGCAGAUGCGCAAUGCGGACCCUGGAAGCAGCCCCUUCCCACCCGAGGUCCUCGUGUCCAUGUCUGCCGACCCUCGUGACUCUCAACCGCCUGGCUGGAUCCACGAGGAUGAGUACCGAGCAGAGAUUGCAAAUCUCAUAGAGCAAGAACGACGCAAAGACGGCGGUGAGGGACUGACCUUUGAGAAGUAUGUGGCGCCGGUGCCAUCCGAAUUUCACGUCAAUACUGCCCUGGAGGCAGUUGAGGACCUGUUUCCCCAGAAUCUUGCCGCAGCAUUAGGAGAAAUCGAAGCCCCUCCCGAUGCUGCCGGCCUCAAUCCCGCAAGCAGUAUCAUAGUUGACGACAAGGCCAUCCUGGCGAGCAUCGAUGACGACGAUGACGGCUUUUUCCCCGAUGACUCGGAAACAGAGGUCAUGCAGGAGUUGGGAGAGCAGCUUGAGAAACAAGUUGAGCUGAUCGACCAAACCCAGGACAUCAAAGCCGAGACGCAAACCAUGGCAGCCCAACAUACCGAGCAGCGUCGCACUGUCAACGGGCUGUCUAGGUUCUUGGAAGCACCUCUUGUCGAAGGCGCGUCUUCGGCGCCAAGAACAUCCGUCAGGAAGUCGAAGGACAAACCCCCUCCAGAAAAGACAUAUCCUUCGCCGCAUAUUGCUGCGGGAUGCGUGGGUGUAUGCCAGAGUGGAAUGGUCACAGGAAGAUUGCCCCAGGUUCCAAUUACCAAGGAGUUGAUCAUGGCCGCGAAGACCGAGGGUCUCGCGAGCAGAAUUCCCUCUGAGGCACCUUUACCACGUCUAGAACCGACGAACUUGAAACGUUCAGCUUCGCAUCUUGAUGAGACGGGCACGAAGCGGCAGAGGGUCAGGCAGCUUGCCCAGGAAAGCGAACCUAGUGCUUCGGCCCCAGGGGAAGAAGUUCGUGGAGGCCGAUCGCUUCCUUUGAACGGCACACGCAGCACCGAAAAUGCACCCUCCCAGCCGUUGGAGCCAUCGGAGACCGGCAUGCCGAGAAGCUCCAUGCGAAAACCAGCCUCGUCAGCUUUGAGGUUUCCCAUUGUCAAAGACCCGCAGGAUCCUAGCACGACGCUGCGCUUGAGUCAGUUGAGCAGCUCUCAAAGGAGUGAGGAUGAGGCGCUUAAGAAGCAUGUCUCGUUUGAUCCGCCCUCCAUGCCGACACAGGAGGAAUCAUCAUCCUCAGGAACAGGAGAGAAGACUCCUCUGGCGCCGUCUGCAUCAUCAGCUUCUCAGAGGCCGCAUCUCGAGUCAUCCCUUUCGACAGUCGCGGACACGGAUACGAUCAAGCAUGUGCACCUCUUGAUCGGCCCCCCGCCCUCGUGGGAUGAAGUUUGCAACACUUUACAGGCAGAAGGCGUGCCCGACUCAAUCUACCAAGACGCGUUUUACAGCCUGGAGAAGGACGUGCCACCCCGGAUGAGGGAGUAUGCUGGUCGGCAAUUCCGGCUUGGGGGCAACACCCUGCCAUUCUUGCCCGAGUUCGAUGCCAGUGGCCAGUCUUUGGCGGCUGCUGGUGUUAAAUCUGAGGCACCCCCAAACAGAGCAAGAAUGGAGCAGGAAUACAAGGCGCGGCGUCAACAAUGCACACUUCGGAGCUGGGAGAUAGCCGAUCCUCCACCCUCUUUUGAGGAAGUUGACCAGUGGUGGCGAGACGAAGAGGCGAGGACAGAGGCCAGGAAGACCCCUGGGUCCCAGGUCCCAGUUGCUACACAAGGCCCACGACCUUGGCUGUCUCAGAUCGAAGGCCCGACUCCCAAGAACAAGCAUGGAUUCAAGUAUUCGCCUAUACGGAAGUCUACUAGCGUCCAACACGAGACGCAGUACAUGAGCACGAUGAGCCUCGAGCUUCACGUCAACACUCGAGGCAAGCUUGUGCCGAAUCCGGAAGAGGACGAAGUGCAGUGCAUAUUCUGGUGUGUCAAAUCUGACGAGCAUUCGCGGGAUAGCUCACAAUCGCCGGAUCAAUGCCUUUCAGGCUUGAUCGUCCUGUCCGAGAAUGGGCUUAUGGCGCAACGAAUGCGGCGUGAGACUUCUGUGGAGGUGCUGGAAGAGGCCUCCGAGCUCGACGUCAUGGUUCGAAUGGUCGAGAUCGUGCGGACACAUGACCCAGACAUCCUCACUGGGUAUGAAGUCCACGGAAGCUCGUGGGGAUAUCUCAUUGAGAGGGCAAGAUUCAAAUACGACUACAAUCUUUGCGAUGAGUUCUCGCGAAUGAAAGUCCAGUCGCAUGGCCGUUUCGGCAAGGAGGCAGAUCGGUGGGGAUUCAACACCACCUCUACGAUCCGGGUUACAGGGCGGCACAUGAUCAACAUCUGGCGAGCAAUGAGAGGCGAGCUCAACUUGUUGCAGUACACGAUGGAGAAUGUCGUGUGGCAUCUGCUGCACCGCAGAAUUCCUCACUACCCCUGGCAAUCCCUGACCAGUUGGUACACGAAUGGCAGACCUCGAGACCUCAGCAAGGUUCUGCGGUACUACCAGACCAGGAGCCGUCUGGAUAUCGAAAUCCUGGAGGGGAAUGAGUUGAUUGCGCGGACAAGCGAGCAAGCUCGAUUGCUCGGCGUCGAUUUCUUCUCUGUCUUCUCCCGGGGCUCGCAAUUCAAAGUCGAAUCGAUCAUGUUCAGGAUCGCCAAGCCCGAGAACUUCUUGCUGGUGUCUCCGAGCAGGAAGCAAGUAGGCGGCCAGAAUGCACUCGAGUGCCUGCCGCUCGUCAUGGAGCCCCAGAGCGCUUUCUACAACAGCCCUCUCCUGGUCCUGGACUUCCAGAGCCUGUAUCCCAGCGUCAUGAUUGCGUACAACUUGUGCUAUUCGACAUUCCUCGGCCGCAUCACCAAUUGGCGCGGCAUGAACAAGAUGGGAUUCACAGAGUACAAGCGCCGGCAGGGACUCCUUGAAUUGCUGAAAGACUAUAUCAACAUCGCCCCGAACGGGAUGAUGUAUGUCAAGGCAGAGGUCCGCAAGUCUCUUCUGGCCAAGAUGCUUACCGAGAUCUUGGAGACCAGAGUCAUGGUCAAGAGCGGCAUGAAACAGGACAAGGACGACAAGACAUUGCAGCAAUUGCUGAAUAACAGACAGCUCGCGCUCAAGCUCCUCGCCAACGUCACUUACGGCUACACAUCGGCAUCCUUUUCUGGGCGGAUGCCGUGCUCUGAGAUUGCGGACAGCAUCGUACAGACUGGCCGCGAGACCCUGGAGAGAGCUAUUGCGUAUAUUCACUCGGUCGAACGGUGGGGAGCAGAAGUAGUUUACGGAGACACCGACAGCUUGUUUGUCUACCUGAAAGGCCGAACGCGCGACCAGGCGUUCGACAUCGGCCAAGAGAUCGCCAAGGCGAUCACCGACAUGAACCCGCGCCCGGUGAAGCUGAAGUUUGAGAAAGUCUACCAUCCCUGCGUCUUGCUCGCCAAGAAACGCUACGUGGGCUACAAGUACGAGAGCAGGGACCAGGUGACGCCCGAGUUCGACGCCAAGGGCAUCGAGACGGUCCGGCGCGACGGCACGCCGGCCGAGCAGAAGAUCGAGGAGAAGGCCCUCCGGAUGCUCUUCGAGACGGCCGACCUCAGCCAGGUCAAGGACUACUUCCAGCGGCAGUGCCGCAAGAUCAUGCGGGGCGACGUGUCGGUCCAGGACUUUAGCUUCGCCAAGGAGGUCAAGCUCGGCAGCUACAGCGAGCGGGGCCGGCCGCCUCCCGGCGCCAUGGUCGCGACGAGGCGCAUGCUCGAGGACGCGCGCGCGGAGCCGCAGUACGGCGAGCGCGUGCCCUACGUCGUGGUGACGGGCGCGCCGGGCGCCCGGCUCGCCGACCGCUGCGUGGCGCCCGAGGACCUGCUCGGCAGCGCGCACCUGGCGCUCGACGCCGAGUACUACAUCUCCAAGAACCUGAUCCCGCCGCUCGAGCGCAUCUUCAACCUCGUCGGCGCCAACGUGCGGCAGUGGUACGACGAGAUGCCCAAGAUCCGGCACGCGCGGCGCGUGGCUCCUCCCGCCGGCGGCGGCGCCCCUACGACGACGGGCGGACCGGGCGGCCAGGCGCGCCGCAGGGCGCCCGUGACGAUCGAGUCGUUCCUGCGGAAGAAGCCGCAACAGCAACGGGUCCGGGUCGUCGCCCAUCUGCUGGCGGUGCCGGCGCGGCGCGCCCGCGAGCCUGGCGGCGCUCGAGGCGAGGCGGGCGCGCGAGCAGCGGCGGUACGCGGACGUGGUCGGGGUGUGCCGGAGCUGCGCGGGCCUGGCGCCGCUCGACGGCGAGGUGGCGUGCGACAGCAAGGACUGCCCCGUGUUCUACACGCGCGUGAAGCAGGCGGCGCGGCUGGCGGCGGAGAGGGCCAUCACGGAGCCUGCGAUCGAGCAGCUCGUCCGGAGCGGGAGGAGGAGGAGGGAGCUGGAGUGGGGCAAGGUGUCUCGGCCAGCUUGUCUUCUCUACUGCACAUGAAUCGAGCAUCCUGGUCAAGGUCUCUCGAGCCGGAACAGGCUCACCCUGUCACGAUAUGGAUGCCUUUCUAG